UUUCCAUUCUAUUGCGGUUUAUACAUUUCUGGUUAUAAAUGGUUAUUUAAAUGUUUUCAUGUUUUCAACUGCCUCUUGAUUUACAAUUCAAAUGAUAUAAAUUGUAAUUAGAUACUUAUAUAAAAUAAGUACAAUUUAAAAAGUCUUGGUUUCUGUAAUCCAAACAUUGUAAAAUGCCAUCAUUCGUUUAAUGUUUCGUCACGGAAAAUCGUCGAGUUUAUAAAAGCGAUAUGUUGAUAUGUUGAUAUGUUGCAUUAAUCAUGAAUAUUUAAGUGGAGCAGUGCUUCCUAUUUGAGAUUGCAAAUCACAGCCAAAGUGACAGUAAACUAUCUUCGAAUCUUAAUCUUCUAUUUGUUACCAUGGAUCUUGCAAAUGAUUGCAACGACACUUCUGGAGACAGAAUUAGAGAUACACCUCUGCAUUUGGCGAUAAGGGAAAACCAGCCUGAGGCAUUCAAUCUUCUUUUAGAGGAGAGUAACCUGAACGCAAGAAAUCAAAAUGGUGAAACAUCACUUCACUAUGCAGCUUUGCAUAACCGCCCUGAAUUCGCAAAGACACUUAUAGAUAAUGGCGCCAUUGUUAACGUUAUCGACCUUUGUUCACGAACGCCACUUGAUGUCGCCUUGGAGGUAGAAAACGUUAAAGUAGCAGAAGUUUUGUUUAAACAUGGUGCUGUUAUAAGUGACUACGAUUUGAAAUACAUGGGACCUCUUCGUUCCGCAGUUAGGAAAGGAAAUUUUGAAUUGGUAAAGCUGCUCAUGGCGAAUGGAUGUAACAAAGUCGAUGUUCCAAAAGAUGAUGCCAGUUAUAUUGAAUCUUCUCUUAAAUUCGCAGUAUCGUCCGAUCGUUUGGACAUUCUAGAAUAUCUCAUAAUGAAUGGGGUAAAAAGCAGCGCAACAGUUAAUCAGGAUAAAUUACACUUAUUUACAGCAAUUGCUUCGGGCUACGGUAGUUUGGCUACAUUAAAAUAUUUAGUCGAUCUUGGUUUUAAGACGAAAGCUGCAGAUUCUGUAUUUUAUACUUCAAUGUAUAUAAAUAUCUAUGACGUGUGGCAGUAUUUAUUAAAAUGUUUCUCGAAAAUUAAUGCAAAAACCUAUUUUAAAGAGAAGCAGAUUCAUUUUUCUAUUCGAAUGGGCCAAGUGGAAUCUGUUACAACAAUCGUAAACGAACCAAGAAAUAAAUAUAAAUUGAACGCUUUCGAUAGACAAUUGGCUGUUUACAUUGCUGCUGAAAGUGGCAAUGGUGAAAUACUAGAAAUUCUUUUGAAUGCUCAUUAUCCUGUCGAUAGUUUAUUUAAGAAAACAAGUCCUUUACACGUUGCAGCAACAUUCGAACACCCGAGACUAGUGAAACUGCUAUUGGAAGCUGGAGCUGAUGUUAAUUUACAAACUGAAGAUGGUCUCACUCCAUUAUAUUUCGCAGCAUGUGCAGCGCAGCCAGCAGUAGUGAAAUUCCUCCUUGAAAAUGGUGCUGAUCCCUCUAAACCCUCUAAAUCCAGUGAAUCACCGUUGCAAGCGGCUUUGAAGUUAUAUUCGUCCAUAGUUUCUUUCAAACCAAUUUCUCCAUUAGUUUUUGAGAGUUUGGUAAAAGUGACGGAGACGCUAAUUCGGUGUUCAAAAACUGAAGAUGGUAAAGGCCUACUUCCAUAUGCAGUAAGAAUAAGAGUUGCAAAUAACAAUAAUUCAAAUCUGGAAUCAAAGGAAAUAAUAUCGGACCCACGUGAUUCUGAAUUUCGUCCUGAAAUCAUUAGAUGCCUAUUUAAUUAUCUAAGUGAUGAAUUAGUUGAAUAUAUUUCUGAAAUAGUGGUAAAUAAGUCGUUUCCAGUAGAACAGACACCGGAAUUGUUUCACCUUCUGAUGGAAUAUAAUGAUUUCAACUGGUGUUUUCAUAUCAGAAUAGAUGAUGUUGAGAAUAAGUACAAGUGCCAAGUGCUCCUAACUAGUUACUCUAGAAACAUUGAUAAUCUUUUAUAUACUGCAAAGCACAUUAUCUGGUAUAAAGAUGGUAAUAUUUACAAAGAGUCCGAAAUAGAUGGUCAAAUAGUUUUUUUAAAGUUGAUAGUCUCACGAUUAGUUUUGUUGGCUACUAAUUGUUAUCUACCUUUUAUUGAAUUUUGUUUAGAGAAUGAUCUUAAUGAUUGGCGAGACAAGUGCUUGAAAGAGGAGGUGGACAUGAAAAACACGAAAAUUAAUGAAAAUAUGAUCGUUACUUUCUAUGAUGUAUUAACGAAAUCAACAAAUGAAGUUGCAAUGUACGCGAGCAACUGUGACUUUUUAAAAGCAAUCGAAUCUUCAGAUAAAAAAUUUCCGAUAUAUGCUGAUUUUUUGAAGGUAAAUGCCGAAAUAGCAGAAAGAAGAAGACAUUUCAUCAACGAUUGUGUUAGUUUAAUGUUAAAUUUGGUUCAAAACUGCCAUAGAGUUCGAAUUUCUACAGCUGAAAUCAAUGGAAUUUUCAAAUAUUUGUCAAUUGUAGAUUUGAGAAGAUUUUCAGCAGCUUUUUUCUAAAAUGUAAUUUUAAUACAUUUAAGACAAAGAUCAGUUUUUAUGUAUAAUUUGUUGUGAAUUUUCCUUCUACGAUGAAGAAAUUUUCAUUUAAGGAUUUCUUCUCAUCAAUGUUAUAGAAUAUGAUUUAAAUUUUAUAAAUAAUUAUUACCUAAUAUCACGUUAAUUUUAGAGUUUAAAUUUAUAGCUGUAUAAUGAGAUUACACGGUAAACUAUCUCUCUAAAACUGAAUCAGUGAAAAUUUCACUUUUUUCGUAAGUGGACGAAUUUCUCACUUAUAAAUAAGUUAAAUUUUCACAUAUAAUAUGUUAAAUUUAUUUGUUACUCAUCAAUAAGUGAAAUUUUUACAUUUAAUAAGUUAAAUUGAUUUUUCACUCAUAAAUAAGUGAUUUUUUCACUUAUUCGUUUGUCAGUGUCACUUGGCGUCGUUGUUUCACAUUGCGUCAUUCUGAGCGUCUGUGCGUCGAAAAGUUUACCGGUUUUCGAAUGAAUAAAUAUACGUAAUUAUAAACAUUUUUAUAUUAGUAUAAGUAUACUAUUAAAAAAAUAUAAAUUAUUUGCACCUACAAUUUAAUUAAAUGAUAAGGAUAUUUCAUCUGUAAAUGUCUACGUAUACACAGUUUUUCAUGUCUCUAUAAGUUUGAGGUUAUAUUUUAUGCUUUCUUUAAAAAAACUUUUAUUUUAUACUUUUUGACUAGUAAAUGUAACAUUGUUAGCUCCACAGUUUCCAUAUUUUAUAUUAUAUGUUAUAUUGAAAAAUUUAUAAAGAGUUUACAGAUAUACAGUUUAUUGUUUUGAAACAAUAUUGUCAUUAUUUGUGUUACAGGAUUGCUAAUUUUUCUACAUAAAACAGUUCACUUAUUUAGAAGUGAAUCUUGCACUUAUUUUAUAAGUGAACUGUUUUUCACUCAUGUAAUGUGUGAAUAUUCACUAAUUCAGAGAGGACGACUUACAACGUUUGAAAUAAGUGAAUAUUCACUUUCAAUAAGUGAAUUUUCACUGAUUCAGUUUUAGAGAGUAAGCAUUGCGCUUUAAAACAAUGUUUUGUACGUCAGCACAUUAACAUUAACAAAUUGAACG